GUCCUGUUCAAGCGUCGCGUUGCACCCACAAUGACCGGCGAAUAUACUUGUGGACGCUGUCUGCAGGUGCUGCGGCGAAGGGCUGUUGCCCAGAACUCUGUGGCUCGCUGGCAUCAAGUCGCCAGUCCAAGGCGAGGGGGAUACGGCUUUCCCGCUUCGUGCGUGCGGAGCUUGAGCUCUCGGAGCAGUGCUUCCUUUAAGUCCAGGCCUCUACAAGCCCCAGUCCGACAGAAUAGUCUAUCGUCCAAUUUGUCGGCCUCCUCAAUUGCAUCGCAAAAUGUCAAGUCGAUUGUGCAGAAGGCCACAUCUGCCACAUCUGCCGCCUCGCCAGAGGCCCGGGCCCUUCUGAAGCCGAACAACCUGUUUCACUCCUUCUCCCAGUCUCCAGCAGCUGCAAUCCGACAGCGUGCGGCUUUUAUCAAGCAGAACGCCUUCUGCCCCCAUCCGAGCCAUCAGCAGACUCGUUUGCCCCUGUCCCCCCACGAUCCCGAAUCGCGCAAGAGCCAGGUGACCUCGGAGAGUCUGCCUCCCGCGCACUCUCAUUUCGAAUGUCCCGACUGUGGUGUUCCGAUUUACUGCUCCGAGGGCCACUGGAUGGAUGAUUUCGAGGCCCAUCUGGAGAUUUGUGAGACAAUUCGACAGAUCAAUGAAGACGAUCAUGAUCUACACUCCGGACGGUUUUUCCCGGAGUUCUCGUACCCCGGACUGCAGGACGAUAACUUCGUCAUUAACAUGACGAAUUGGGACACUUUCCUGUACACACGAGAAUUCGAAGCGAUCAACGAUGAUCGAAGCAUGCGACAAGUAACGAGAAUGCUCACCUACCCUCUCACAAUUGGAAGUGUUUUGCAUGAGCUGAGUCCUUACAAUGUCCGGAAAGAUGGCAGGCUUACCGUGGAGGGUCUCAAGAGUGUUAGCGCGCUCCGGUACACCCUUCACCCUCCCAAGACCGGCGAGGGCGUCGACAUCCAAGGACUACGACUCAAGGCUCCUCCCGUGCGCAUAUUCAUUUUGGGAGCUCGCGCCGAGUCCUCGUUGCCGCGCGAAGUUUGGCUUCAACUUAGCUACAUUUUCCCGCGCUCCCUGAUCCAUUUGAUCUUCAUUGGACCGGAGAGUAUGGCCAACCGGGAUGAUGAAUUCCCACUACCCGAGCGCACCUCCGAGAAUCCCUUCGGUGGUAUUGUGGAGGACAGACUUGGAGGACAGUUCAAGAUUACCACGUACGUUGACUACUUCCACACAAUGUACAAAGCGCAGUACUUCCAGCCCUUCGAUCCUUAUCUGGACUGCUUCAUGCUCUUCCACCCGGGUCUGGGACACCCGGCCAGCUCGCACGAAUGGGAGGAAACGCUCCCGCAGCUACUCGAGACCAAGGUCCCCAUCAUCAGCACGGGCUACACGCAGUGGGAUAUGGAACGUGACAUCAACUGGGUCAACGAGAAGUGUGCCGGUGAAUUCGACAUUCUGCUCGAACCCGGUGAGAACGUUUUCCGCAGUUUGCGUUGGGAUCUCAACGAUUUGGAUCCCCAUGACGUGUCCUGCGGUAACUGGGGUCUUUGGGCUUUCAGAGGAAAGAGGUACGAGGCGACUUUCAAGGAUCAAUAGUUUUAAGUCUGGAGGGUAUGCCUGUUCUUGAUGUAACUCGACAUUUUAUUACUGUCCCCUCUUUUCCUCUGUCUCUCUCUGUCCUCUAUCCUGCAUCUCUCAUUACUUCUCCCCUGUAUAUUAUCCCAGCUGCAUUUCGUGUCUUGUCUUCGUUCAUAUGAAUCAGAUAUUGGUCGCAAUGAUGCGAUUGUAACCCGUCAGCCUCACUUCCUCUUUAUUCCGCUGUAUACAUUCCUAGCUAUUAUGUAAAGCAUGCUGGCCUUGGUCGAGUCAAAGGAAGGGAGGUCUAUGACAGUGCCCAGCAGUGUCUCCCUCUUCACUUUUACUCUUCACGUUUGCUAUAUGGGCGUUUCCGAUCCUUCUUCAGAUGUGUAACGGAGCAGCGGGGAUAGUACCAUAAAAGGUUAUACAGCGUAAGACAGAGCAUAGACGAAGUGCAGGGUGGUGCAGUCUGGGAAGAGAUUAGAUAAGCC